AUGCAGAAGUCUGUUCCUGCUCUAAUAUUGCAGUUGACAAUACUCUUCCUCUACAAACAGAACGUUGGAAUAAAUGGUGCAACAGUAAAUCAAAAUGCCACACAAGCAAUUCUUGUAACAGACACAUAUUUACAACGUGAUGCCUAUUUUACUCCUGAAGAUUAUCUAAUUUAUUUUGAUCCUUCAGCAACAGAUAAACCUGGUCAACAUAUUCAACAGCAGCAUGGUAGCGUAACAUUAUUUCAGCUGCCAUUUGUUCCCGGCCUCCUGAAUACAGAACUCGGUAGCAUAAGACUUCAACUGAAAAAAUGUGCAAUUAGACAACCACUUACCUUUCGUAGUGAUGCAAUCACCUAUGUCUUAGAAGGUCAUGUACGAAUUGGUUUCGUCGUUCAAACACGUGGUAAACUAAUUGAAAAUAUAUUGUCUUCCGGUAUGGGUAUGAUAAUUCCUAAAGGUGCACUUAGUUAUAUUGAAAAUCUUAAUUGUACAUCAGCAUCAGUCUUGUCCACAUUAAAUAGUAAUGAUUUUGGUGUAAGUCUUCUGCCAUCCUUAUUUCUCUAUACUUUACCCGAACAUAUUACACGUGCUGCAUUUGGUGGUAUAACAGGUGCUGAAUAUCAAAAAAUGAAGAAAACAAUUAUUGAUAAUCAAGUUUUUUCGGUUAAUCCACAGUGUUUGCAGGCAUGUAAGAAGUAAGAAAGAAGAAAGAUUACAUACAACUUAUACAGACAACUGGAGGCGAACCUGUUAAGUUCAAUACAAAACAGAGUUAGCAGUAAAUGCUUCUUAGAAAAGUAUUUUGUUUUCUUGUAAUUAUUUUUCUAAACGUUUGUCAGAUUUUGUGCCCUUUUUCGUAUUAAUGGGUAUUGGGAAGUUUAGCAUGCACUUUUUCUCGAAAUAAUAAAAUCCCCUGGUAUUGUUUAAAACUUGUACCCCGCCUGGAUCGGAGUCUGCUGAGCCUUGAAAUUCUUCGGUUAAUAAGGUAUAUGAUCAAAAAGUCUUUAUGGUUUUUCGAUCACGCGAGUGUUUUUUUCGGUUCACUUUGCUUAACAUUCAUGAAUGAAUUUUCACACGAAGAAAGCUUAUCGGCGAAAUCUAUAUGCCUAAUAAAUGUCUGGAAAGGAGGAGAAACGAUUUUUGCUAGAAAAUGGUCCAAUAUAAUUUUGAGUAAAAAUGACCAGAAAUAUUUCCCUAUUCACUUCCCAACGCUUCUGACCUUCAAAAAUUGCUCCUGAUCUCCUUGAAAAAAUUAUUCUUAUUAUAUUUCUUAAUUAGCAUUUUUCGUCACCAGUUCAAUGAAGGUCAUUCACUUUGUUUCUCAAAUUUUUCGUACGACGUCAAGGACUUUGACCAAAGGCUAUACAAUAAAGGCAAAAAAAGAUUCCGCUGCAAUUUUGAAUUAGCUGAACCUUUUCAGUAAUGUAAUAAAACAAAAACUUUUUUUCAAAAGAAUAUUCAAAAGAUUUCCGAACAUGUUCUUGGAUGAAUAUUUCUAUCAGAAAAAUUUAAAAAGUCAGACGAACAUUUUCUCUUUUUUCUACUGAAAUUUCUACUAUCUUUUUCAAUUAUGAGGCCUGUGGCUGUUUGUUGAAUAACUCGAGAACAAAAAGAACUAGAGAAUUUGAUAAUACACAGUGAGAUAGACGAGACCUUGAUUUUCAGUGGUUCGUGCGUCGUAUCGGGCUUCCUUGGAGCCCGAGGAAUGGUAUCAGAUAAUUUUGGGUGAUCUUGAAAUCGCCUAGAACUGACUUAAUCGACUACGCUGAAUCUGAUGACAAUGCUUCUUUUUGGAAAAGAAUUCAAGAAUCAGGCCAAAAUGGAGUGUCCAUGCUGUUUUCACCUGAGUCAAAAGCAUGAGAAGGAGUUGAAAACAUCAGAAUGUACGGCAUUUAGGCUGUUCUAUAUCCUGCUUAUAACAAACCCACAAAAAAAAUACUCAAAAUUCCUAUGGUUUUCAAAGAUUUUUCAGAAAACGUUUAAUCAGUAACAUGGAUUUUCAAGUUUUUUGAUCGUAUAUAAAAGACAGUAUUUUCUCUUUUAAGAAAAACAGCGAUAUAUUAGGCUAGAAUGCUAGAUUGUUAAGACGUACAAAUAUGAAGGAGUUUGACGUGAACGUUUAUCAGCAUUUGAACGCAUAUUAUGAUGUGAAUAUUGUAGCAAUGUAUUUCUUAAACAUGCUGAAAUAUCGAUAGAAGUUGAAGAUCCAAUUACUAUACAGAUAUUUUCAUUUAUGAGUUUUUCAUAUUUCUCGUUUAUGUUUUAAAAAUUCCCUAGAUGGCAAAGUGCUCGAAAUCCUAUUUCGCAUAUGUGCAUGUUAUUUGAUGUGACAAUAAACAUUAUCUUGAAUAAUAUCUGCUUUAGCGUAUAGUCGAUCAAAAAACUAUCCUUCAAAAUUAUUGUAUACAACUAACAUAUUUGUGCAUUUCUCUCUCUGCUAUGAAAAUAAUAAAUAGAUGGAAGAUGGAGGAUAAUGUUCUGUUCCUCAUCUCUUACACAAACAAAACAGGUGUCAUCAGUUUCAUAAUCGAUUAGUCAUAUACUCGUGCUAAGGCUUGAAUCUUAAAUUUUAUAUAACCGGAAAUUAUAUUUUGCACAUUUUAUCUGCUGGUACCAACUUCGUACGAUGUGAUCUUCAAUGAACGACGGUUGGAUUUGCUUUUUCCCUUGACUAAAAGUCUAGGGUCAUACAAAUUUUCUCAAUUGUCAAGCAAAUAUAUAUUUACAUUCGACAAGACAUCUGAAUUGAUGUGAAAUGUCACAAAUAUCGUGGUCUCUUUUUAACAUCAACACUUUACUGGCAUAAACAUAUCACUUAUGCAGAUAGUAGAUGUAGCAAGAUUUUGUUUUUGAUGUGUCAACGUAAAAAUACUUUCCAAACUUCAGUUUUAGAUUAAAUGUACGAAACUUAUGCCUUUACUAUAUUAAUGUAGAUAUGAGUUGUUUAUUUUUCCACAUAUAAGGCUAGCUUGAAUUCUCUAUUCAUUCUUCAGUAUAAAUUUGCGUGCUUGGUUUCAGGCUAUAAGCAUCUGACAGAUAAAACUAAAAUACUAGUUUGUUUAGAAUUUUCAGAAAAUACUCUAACCACGUUAUUGAAACGGAUUGAAUCGUAAAAAGUUUAAUUAAUAAAGCUUUAAACCCGGGGUUUUCUGGAAGCCUCCUAGAGAACCUCAACACAAACACUGCCACGAUAAUCAACACACUCGAUUACCUAUGUCUCAACACUUUCCAGGUUCUCCACCGCGUCCGGACAAAGAUAGGCAUGUCCGCGGAAAACCUUGAUAACUCCUGGAGCACGAGAUAUAGCGAAACUCUUACAAAAUGUCCACGCAAGGUACACCACCUGAAAGUACUAGAAAAAACUUUUUCUGUUAUUUUCUUGUUGCCCCAAGAUUUUAGUUUCAGAUAACGAAAACCGCAGGUCUCCAGCAUCUUCCAGUGCAAAGUUAUUAGACAUACAGUGACUGGCCUUCUUUUUUGAAAUGGAUAGUGGGAUCAAAAAGAUAUGAACUUUCUUUUUUCUCUCGUUUUGUACAUGAAUGGAAUCACUUACAUAAUGUUAUAAGAGCACGUACUGAAGUCAUUCUUUGAAUCAGAUCUUUUGUAAUUAUGAUUCUUAGCUUAGCCGAUUUUAUAUACACGGUGAAAAAAUAAACCGUCAAAAAAACCGUAAAACCAUAACCAUCGAAAGAAAACCGUAUAGAAGAACCAUGAAGUAAAAAACUACAGUAUGAAAACCGUAAAAUGCAAAAGUAUAAAACAAAAACUAUGGAAGUAAAACCGUAAAGGUUAAAACCA